AUUGCACUUAAAGUGAAUCGGUCACGGAUGAGGCGAGUUCGGAUAUCGUAAGGUUCGAACGAAAUGUCUUAACCGGAUAGUUUUCUCUAUCGCUGCAUUCGUGCUAUACUUCUACCUUGACAGCCAUGCAUCUAGAAUCGAAAGAAUUACCAGCCGAGGAUUCCUUGGCCAGCAACUACCUAUCAGAGCAUCAUCUUGAGGUCAUACCAGAGGGACAAUAUAUUCGCUGGCAACGUGACAACCCGGCUCAUCCAAGGAAUUGGUCUGUGUUACGAAAAUGUUUUGACACGGGUCUUAUCUGCCUCUUAGACUUUACUCUAUUCCUCCUUGGUCAGGUAAUAGGGACAAUUGUCUUACCCCCUUGGUCUGAAACGUUUGGUCGCAAAAGGCUCUAUCUCAUUAGCUGUGGGCUAAGUUCGGUCUGCUGCGUGGUCGUAGGUGUUCCCCACUCCCUUGCCGCCGUGGUAAUUGGACGCAUGGGAACUGGGAUGCUUGCUGCCAUCCCCUACACUGUUGGUGGAGGUAGUGUCGAAGACAUGUGGUCUUCUCGAUCACGGAUAUGGGUGAUGUUCUUGUGGACUAUUGCAUCCAACCUCGGUUUAUGUAUCGGACCUAUUAUGGGCACGUACAUAACGACUUUGGUGAACUGGAGGUGGCUCUUCUACAUCUACGCGCUUGUCAUUGGGGUUAUGAGCGUCCUGUUCAUGUUCAUCCGGGAAUCUCGACCGUCACUCUUACUGACACGAGAAGUCGAUAAGCUCUGUCGCUAUACCGGAAAGAACUUCAAAGCCUUAAACCAUGAUCACCAUCCUGACCUUCGCACCUUUCUCAAGGUUGCCCUAUUUCGACCUGCGAUUCUCUUUUUGCGUGAGCCGCUGGUAUUCAUCAUUUCCCUGAUGAUUGCUUUUGCCUUUUCUCUUCUCUACAUCUUCACAGAAGCGUUAGAGCCAAUUUAUGAAACCAUAGGGUUCUCUCGAACCCAAUCCUCCUUGGCCUUUCUCGCCAUAGCCUGCGGCAUUUGGUUCAGCACGCUCACACGAUUACUCGAUAGUCGGAUUUUUGAUACUCGCCGGCGCAAGAACCUCCCUUUCAAGCCUGAAGACAAAUUGCUCGGCCUUGCCAUCGGUGCUCCAGUGCUGGCGGUCAGUCUAUGGUGGUUCGCCUGGACCAUUCCACCAAAAGCUUCCAAUACUCACUGGAUAGUGCCAUCAAUUCCUCUGGCAAUGAUGGGAUAUGCGUUGAAUGAGUUCGACACCGUACUUUAUUGCUACUUAGGGGAUUGCUACCUAAGCUACUCAGCCAGUGCUACUGCUGCUGUGGCCUUUCUCCGCGCCCUACUAUCCGGGGUAUUUCCAUUAUUUACCAAGCAGAUGUUCGAAGGCCUUACAGCAAAUGUGGCCGUUUCAAUCCUAGCUUCUCUCGCAACAGUGUUCUGUAUCGUCCCACCGCUCUUUAUAUUCUAUGGUGAGCGAAUCCGAGAUCGCAGUCCGUUUGCGAAGCAUAGCGUAUUGAUAGCGGCAGAGCUUGGGAAUCAGGAAGAGGAUUAUUGA